AUGUCAGGGUCUGAGGAGCACACAGACGAAAGAAGUUCGCCCGCUCAAUGGAUCGUUGAUAUUGGAAUGACGCUGCAAUGCAUGAAUGGCAAUGACCCUGAAGCGAAGACGGGCAGUAUUUGCAGUGUUCCAGACAAAAUUCGAGGGGCCAAAGACAAAAGGUACAUGUACAGGCCUCAGUUUGUGGCCAUGGGACCCAUUCACAGGGGCACCAGAACCGACCUGCAAAUCAUGGAAGAGAACAAAUGGCGCUACAUGCACAAGCUUCUUAGUUGCUCAGAUCCAAACGGCUUGGUGUGGAUGCCCCUUCAAAGCUGCUGUGAGGCCAUCAAAGGUAUAGAGGGCAUAAUUCGAGCGAGCUAUGGGGAGAAAAUAGACAUGGCAGCAGAGGAGCAUGCCAGAAUCAUGUUACUUGAUGCCUGCUUUUUCUUAGAGCUCCUGCUUAAGCUCACUGAAAAUGAGAUUGAUCCUUCUGUGGAUAAUACCGCUGACCAGAAAAAGAUGUUGCGUCCGGCUGCUCAUCCCCAACCAGAACUUGCCAGUCUACUGGCACUUUCUGGGCAAAUUGGCGAUGACUUUAAAGAACUUUCUCCCCGAAAAAUCGCCGAGUCACUCUUUGGAUGCAACGUUGCCAGCGCUGACUUCUCCAAAGGUGUUUAUCAUUUCCUUCAUCUCAUCCACUUGGCUCUCAUGAUCCUUCAACAACUGGAAAACGGGACAGCUCCACUACAACUGCAGCGUUGCGCUGGAAAGCUUCAAGCUUUUGGAAUCACACUCAAGGCUUCACAAACCAACGUUUCUCAAGGCAAAAACAACACGAGAAUGGGGGAUUCUGUCCUAAGGGAAUCCGUGGACAGGUUCGAAUUCAAAAUAGAAUUUAAUGAGAGUGCGCGAGAGCUGAUCAUCCCGGUGCUGCACAUAAAAGAAGCAACGGAAGUAAAAUGGAGGAAUUUGAUUGCUUGGGAGCAAACCGAGUUGAGUAGAAUCGGCUACAACUUCACGUCCUGCGCUUAUUUUUUCAAAGGUUUGGUGUGUUGUGCUCAUGAUAUCCAACUGCUCAAGGACAAGGGAGUGAUAAGAGUGCAUAAGGAGGCCAAGGACGAGGAUUUGGUGAUUAUGUUCCAAAGCAUCACUACCGGGGCGGAACGAAAGGAUGCGAGAUACGAGGCAGUAUGUGAGGGAUUGAACAAAGCCAAGGUGAAUGGUGUGGCGGGACGUUGUGUCCUGGUUUUGAGAAUGCCAUGGCAUUAUGGAGCGAUUUUUUCUCGACGGUGUGUGACGGCUUGGCUGCUUUUUCUGGAAUGGCUUCGACGCGGAUUCAAAACCUUGUUCGAUAUCUAUUUGGGUUCUCCAUGGAAGUGCCUCGGAGUUGUUGUCGGUGCAGCUCUGCUUGCUCUCCCUGUUACGCAGACCAUUUAUGCAAUACGUGCACGAGAUGAGUGGGUUCCGAUCGGCAAGAUGAGCAUCGACGAGAAGCAUCCGGAUAAGAUAGUGUUUAAGGUGCUGAUGGGAAUCGGCAAGUCUCUUCCGGUCACUUCCUUCAUGACGCACCAUGAAAAGGAAAAGCACCUUCACAGCCACAACAAUGGCACUAAAUUACUUCUCUAA